CACAGUCUUCUCCCAACUUCUCUCUCGUCUUUCUAAAACAUGGAAUUCUACACCAUGUCGCCUUAGAGAAGUAUUUGUGUGCGCCUUCAUCCAUCCAGCCUCUCCAAGCGCAUCCUGGCCAGCCUGGCCAUCCUAAGAAUCCGACGAUAGUAGGCGGGCGGAUAGAUUCCACCCUGAGCGCGCCAACAUGCCCGUACCAUUCAUUGGGCGCCUCAACAUAGUCGAAUAUGUCGCCGUCGCUCUGUCGUUUGCCUUCGUCACUCUCGAGAGCAUCAUUCGCGUCCUGACCUUUGCCUUGCCUUCGCCUCUGAUCAACAUCUUUUACCGCGCAUCGAGACGUAUAUUCAAUCGGUGGAGAUCCACAGAUGAAAAAAGGGCAGAGGAAAGAAAGAAGAGCCUCUCAACCGCCAUAAGAAACGCGACCGAUUUCGUUGAGCUGUGCGAGCUGUUUGGCUACACCGCCGAGGAACAUGUCGUCCAGACUAGCGACGGUUACCUCCUGGGGCUGCACCGGCUGGCGUGGAGGAAAGACGAGGAGGAUCUCAAGGUUAAUUCCGGACCCAACAGUAUCAAGAAGCGAGUCAUCUACCUGCACCAUGGGCUUCUGAUGAACAGCGAAGUAUGGGUCUGCCUCACGGACGCGGAGAGGGCCUUGCCGUUCGUCUUGGUAGAUAAGGGGUUCGAUGUUUGGCUUGGAAACAAUCGUGGGAACAAAUACUCCAAGAAAAGCGUCAACUCUGCGCCGACCUCUCUUGAGUUCUGGAACUUUUCCAUCGAUGAGUUCGCCUUCUACGACAUCCCGAACAGUAUAGAGUACAUUCUAGGGAAUACAGGGCAGCCGUCGCUCUCGUAUAUCGGCUUUUCCCAAGGCACGGCGCAGGCCUUUGCCGCCCUGUCUAUCCAUCCGAAAUUGAAUCAACAAGUCAAUGUCUUCAUUGCUCUCGCGCCGGCAAUGUCGCCGCCUGGUCUGGCCAACGGUAUUGCGGACGCCUUGAUUAAAGCAUCACCACAGGUCCUGUUUCUCAUGUUUGGUCGGCGCGGCAUCCUGAGUUCCGCACCUCUGUGGGAGUCCAUCAUCUACCCGCCUCUAUAUAUCAAGAUUAUCGACAACGGGAUCCGGUUUCUCUUCAACUGGAAGGCCCAAAACAUCUCGGUCGCUCAGAAGCUCGCCGCCUACCCCCACCUCUACUCGUUCACCUCCACCAAGUCCGUGGUCCACUGGUUCCAGAUCAUUCGCACCAAAUCUUUCCAGAUGUACGACGAUGACCCACCCUUGAGCAUAGGAACAUCCACGCGCUCCACCAAGGUCACCAAGUACCCAACGCGCAACAUCAAGACGCCCGUCGUGCUCGUCUACGGAGGCAGCGACUCUCUCGUCGACAUCAAGGCGAUGCUGCGCGAACUCCCGCCCAAGACUGUCGCGACCGAGAUCCCCCACUACGAACAUCUCGACUUCCUGUGGGCCCGCGACGUCGCCGCACAGGUCUUCCCGCACGUCUUCGACGCCCUGGACAGCUUCACGAAUGCCGAGCACUCCAAGGACGAGUACGACAGCUACCGCCGCGCGAGGACGCAGAGCCUCGGCAAGAGCGCCACGUUUUGGCAGCGCGGUCACGCGUAUAACGGGAGCGACAUGAACGACAGCGAUGUAAAUAGUGCUGUGGGCGGCACGCCAUCCACGAGGCAGGCGCACCAGGCUCGCGAGGGCAUACGCGAUGUGAGGUUCAGCGACGAUGACAUAUCGACCAUCACAGACCCGAGCGAGCGUGGCGCAGAUAGCCCGCAUCCUCUUGGACGCAGAGGCAGAACAUCACCCCCCCGCGGCCUGGGGCUCGGCCUCGACGGCAGUGCGGAACAGUUGGACGGAGACAAGAGAUGAUCUCUUUUCCCCUGCCAGCUCUCCAGGCGAGGACUUCAAGCGGGAGCCUCCGGAACUCUACGAGAUCCGGCAGCAAGGGCAUCAGUCUAGAUGCCAGUAGGGGUUGCAGGCGGAGUCAGCACGACAGAUGCCACCAGCGUCAUCGCCAGUCCGCAGUUGAGCUCGGACGAAGCCAGGGACAAAGGGAAUGGACGAUGACUGGAAGCGAUGUCAAGGAACUAAAGAAUUAAAAGGCCAUACAAUGUUUAUAUCCAUGUGCUGACAGUAUAGAAAGUUGUACCCGUCCAUCCCCGAUCUAGUUGAUCAGAAAGUCAAAGGAGGAGGAGCCCGCCUGUCUGUACAGCGUGAGCAGACUACACUGUUACCCAAUACUUUCUUCCUCUAUUCCAAUUACAGCAAAGAGAACGUAUUACACACCCAG